AACGCGUCAUCCAAGCGGAAGUGGAAAAAAAAUUAAGCUCAUCCAUGUGUUUUCAGACUCGUACCACCAGACACUGGAUACUGUGAGUAAACCCUGAAGCAUCAUGGCCAGUGGCGAGCAGGUGACAGCAGUAGGAAAGGUUUUGGUGGACCCCAAAUUGGACCUGACCCGGCGGUUCAGAGCCUUAUUCACCCUGAGGAACCUUGGAGGUGCUGAAGCUGUAGAGUGGAUCAGUAAGGCGUUCUGCGAUGACUCCGCCCUCCUGAAGCACGAGCUGGCCUACUGUCUGGGACAGAUGCAGGACAGACGGGCCAUUCCGACUCUGACUGCCGUACUUAAAGACACACAGCAGGAACCCAUGGUCAGGCACGAAGCAGGGGAGGCACUGGGAGCCAUCGGUGAUGCUGUGGUUCUAGACCUCCUGAGAGAGUACAGUAAGGAUCCCGUCACAGAGGUGGCAGAGACGUGUCAGCUGGCUGUUCGACGGAUAGAGUGGCUGCAGAGUGGAGGAGACAAGCAGCUGAAUGAAGCGUGUACAGAUAAGAACCCGUACUGCUCUGUGGACCCAGCCCCUCCAGCAGAGAGGAAGAGCGUGUCAGAGCUGCGCUCCAUCCUGUUGGACGAGAGCCUGCCUCUGUUCGAACGUUACCGUGCCAUGUUUGCCCUGCGUAACCUAGGCAAUGAGGAGGCUGUGCUAGCACUGGGAGACGGCCUGCAGUGCUCCGGCGCUCUGUUUCGUCAUGAGAUCGGUUACGUCCUGGGUCAGAUGCAACACCCUGCAGCGGUCCCCGCCCUGCGUGCAGCUUUGGAGCGUUCCGGGGAGAGCCCCAUGGUCCGACACGAGGCAGCGGAGGCCCUCGGGUCCAUCGGACACGACGAGUGCCUGGCCGUGCUGCAGCGAUACCGUGAAGACACAGAGCGAGUGGUGAAGGAGAGCUGUGAGGUCGCUCUGGACAUGCUGGAAUAUGAAAACAGUGACCAGUUCCAAUAUGCAGACGGGUUGGUCAGGUUACAGGGUUAAAGGUCAAAGUCAUACAGAUCUCUCUCUUUUUUAACACUUUUACUGAAGUUUAUGACCUUUUACAGCAGAGGCAGCUGGUCGACUGAUCUCCUGGGAUGUUGAUGUUCAUUCUGGAAGCUACUGAGCAUAUAUACAUUAGAUAAAUCUAAAGUGUAGAGGUCUAAACAAACAAAGAGCUGCAGACACCAGCUUGUGUCUUUGGGAUUGUGUUUGAUGAUGUGUAGGGGAACAGAGACGACCAGAGUCCUUUGUGUUCUUUUUUCAUUUCAAGAUACAAAAUAUGAUAUCUGUUAAUAUUCAACCAACAUACAGCACCGCACAGCCAGAUGGAUCAGUGUCUGGACAUCAAAAACAGCUCAUUUUACUUUUUCAUAAAUUGUUUUCAGACCACUUGAUUGUGUGUUUAUUUUAAGUUUAGUCUAAAGCAGAUGACCUCCACUCAGCUCAGAGAGGUAACGUGUGACAUCUUCAACAUGAGGUCUUCUCCUCUGAAGGAGGAUUUCUUUGCUCUCCAUCAUUUACAUCAUUAUUUAUUUAUUGUCCAGGAGAUAUCUGGGAUCAUAAAUAUCAGUGAAAUGCAGAUUAGAAAGUGCUGACUGGCUUGUAUUGAAGGCUUCAGUUGAGACCCAGGUUGUCCCCAAAGUCACUAGGGCCUCAUAUCCCUUGAUUCUACUUUAAUUAAUCAAACAAACCAAAUAGCCACCAGACUUUCUGUUAAGGAUGUACAGCAAACUCUAAUCUCCAAUGCUCCUGUGUUUGCUUCGACAUUAGACAACAGCAGACGGAAACAUUGUACACUUCAUUAUUGUCUAUCAUCUUCUCAGCCAGGUGAGGAAUGUAUAAAACAUUAAAACGAUCCUGUGUCUCAUGA